UGACCGUCAACUGUUCUCUCGCGGGCAACCCAAACACUCAGCAUUCAAAGUUCCCUCAUAAUUAAUUAAUCACCAAUCCGAAAUCAGGUUUUUAUGAAAAUCAGAGCAGAGAGUUUGUCUGACGUACGCUCCAAUGGCGUUCUCUGCAAUUACACCGCAAACUCUCUCUCUUCUUCGUCUAUGUACUAGCAGUUUACAAUCGAGCUCUUCAACUCAGAGUCGUUCGGUUUCUUUUCGAUUUCAAAGGAAAAUUCACAGCCGUAGAAAACCUCUCUCUAUUCGAUCAACUUCACUCCCAGCAAUGCCAACAUCAGAGGGGCUCACUCCUGCCAUUUCACUUACUGAGAAUGCAAUGAAGCACUUGAAAAAGAUGAGGGCUGACCGUAAUGAAGAUUUGUGCUUGAGAAUCGGUGUAAAACAGGGUGGAUGCUCGGGCAUGUCUUACACAAUGGAGUUUGAGAGUAGAGCAAACACAAGACCAGAUGACUCAAUUAUAGAAUAUAAUGGCUUCGUGAUUGUUUGUGAUCCAAAGAGUCUCCUAUUCCUAUUUGGGAUGCAGUUGGACUACAGUGAUGCUCUUAUUGGCGGCGGUUUCUCUUUCAAGAACCCAAAUGCUACGCAGACAUGUGGUUGUGGAAAAUCCUUUGCAGCAGAGAUGUGAAAUCAUGUAUACAAAAAUGUUUGGCAGAUAUUGAAUAGAAUGUAACAUAUCUUUUACUCAUAUAUCAAUUUUAAGUUGAUCUUAUCCUAUUACAUGCAUCAUUGUUCCUUAUGAA